AUGUUCAAGUUGUUCGCUGUCUGCUUCCUGGCACUCUUCGCUGUUGCCUUCGGUGCUGCUAAACCCGGUUUGUUGGCUGCCCCAUUGGCUUACUCUGCUCCUUUAGCCGUUGCCCCAGUUGCUGCUGCCUAUGCCGCUCCAGUCGCCGCUGCUUACUCAGCGCCCCUCGCCUACACUGCCGGAUAUGCUGGUUACGUCGCACCCUACGCCAGCAGCUACUCAGCUCACUCGAUCGCCCACUCCGCCGCUUUCCCAGCUGCCUAUGCCGCCGCUCCAGUGGUUGCCGCCCAUGCUCCCGUAGUUGCUGCCCCAGCUCCAGUCCUUGCCGCUGCCGCCCCAGCUGUUGCAGUGCUCAAGAAGUAA